CGUGAAAACAAAGCAACAAAACCAAUCUCUCUGAAAUCCUCCAUCAUAGUCAUGAAGAGAGUCCAUAUCCAACCUUUUCUCCUCCCCCUACUUUUGUUCUUCUUCCUCUCCUUUUUGGAGGCCGGAGCACAGAGCGAAGCACAAGCUCUCCUCAAAUGGAAGUCCAGCUUGUUUCAGCCAGAUGCUCUGAGUUCAUGGUCCCUUGCCAACUCUACCAGCCCAUGCAGAUGGUUUGGUGUCCGCUGCAACUCCGCAGGCAGCAUCGUGCAGCUGAGCUUACCCAAUGCCAACCUCAACGGCACCCUCGAUGAAUUCGACUUUGCUUCUCUGCCCAGCCUCACCAAGCUCGACCUCAAUGCCAACCUCCUCAACGGCUCCAUUCCUUCAAACAUCUCUGCUCUCUCCAACCUCGCCUCUUUAGACCUCAGCAGCAACAGCUUCGUUGAAUCCAUUCCGCCAGAGAUCGGUCAGCUCUCCGAGAUGCUCGACCUCCGUCUCUACCACAACAAUCUCGCUGGGCCGAUCCCAUAUCAGCUCAGCAAUCUCCGAAAUGUACGCCACUUUGAUCUUGGAUCCAAUCACUUAGAGAACCCAGACUACACCAAGUUCACCCCAUUGCCUUCGGUGACAAACUUAUCUCUAUACAACAACAGUCUGACAGGGAAAUUCCCACCAUUCGUGCUCAACUGCACCAAUUUAACGUACCUUGACCUCUCGCAGAACAACCUAUCAGGUCCAAUCCCUCCGGAGAUUGGAUCGGCCACAAAGCUGCAAAGCCUAUUCCUCUACAGCAACAACCUAUCAGGUCCAAUCCCUCCAGAGAUUGGGAGGUUGGCCGACUUGCAGAUGUUGGAUCUGUCGGAAAAUUUUCUUAGUGGUCCAAUCCCCAGAUCAAUAGGAAACCUUACACAGCUCACUUCCCUGGUCCUCUUCUACAACAACCUGAACGGCGCAAUCCCAGCAGAGAUCGGAAACAUGACGGCACUGGCUAAUCUAGACUUCAACACCAACCAAUUGGAGGGUGAGCUGCCGGACACCAUUGCUCAGCUUCCAAAUCUUGAGCUCAUAUCAGUCUUUAACAACAACCUCAGCGGUGGCAUCCCUCGAGACCUCGGCCAGAAUGGGCAUUUGAUCGGAGUCAGCUUUUCGAACAAUAGCUUUUCAGGGGAAUUGCCUCCAGAUUUAUGCAAGGGCUUCGCUCUUCAGCACUUCACAGCAGAUCACAACAACUUCACAGGCUCGCUGCCGGCUUGCUUGCGCAACUGCCCGGGAAUUCUCCGACUCCGGUUGGGGUCGAACCACUUCUCUGGGUCGAUUCCUUCAGAGUUAGGUGAUGCUACCCAGCUCACUUAUCUUGAUCUUUCAGAAAACAAAUUCACUGGCCCGAUACCAACCAACCUUGGUAAUCUUGCCCAGCUCACUUAUCUUGACCUUUCAAAAAACAAACUCACCGGUCCGAUACCAACCAAGCUUGGUAAUCUUGCCCAGCUCCAAUCACUGCACUUGAACAAUAACAGUUUGAUUGGUCCGAUACCAAGCGAACUUGGUAAUCUUGCCCAGCUCCAAUCACUGCACUUAAACAAUAACAAUUUGAUUGGAGAAAUACCUUCUUCAUUGAAGAACUGCAAGCAGCUGGUCGUUGUGGACCUUGGGGACAAUGGAAUCUCUGGAAAUAUUCCAGAAUGGUUAGGAGAGAAACUUUCAUCAUUGAGGGUCCUCUGUCUAAGAUCGAAUAUGUUAAGUGGUAGCAUUCCUCCUCAGCUAUCACUUCUGUCUUCGCUUCAGCUCUUAGGCCUUGCAGACAAUAAUAUCUCUGGAAGUAUCCCGCAGAGUUUGGGCAAUCUCACCGCGAUGGCAGAAGGCAUGCAAGAAAGGGAAAAAACAACGAACUCCUUGUACCCCUUUUACUACAGCAAUAGCAUUUCCAUAGUCUGGAAAGGAAGAGAGGCUGCCUUUCAAAAAACGCUUUCAUUAGUUGUGGGAAUCGAUCUUUCCGGGAAUUAUCUCCGUCAUGCGAUCCCUACAGAGCUAACAAAUCUUUCAGGGCUAGUUUUUCUGAAUCUCUCAAGGAAUCUUUUGGAUGGAAGUAUUCCGGAGAUGAUCGGUAACUUAAAAAAUCUAGAAAUUUUUGACCUGUCCAUGAAUUACUUAUCAGGUGCAAUUCCUCCGAGCAUCACUUCUCUGACAUUCUUAGAUUCCUUGAACUUAUCAAACAACCACUUGUCGGGACGGAUACCAUCCGGCAAUCAACUACAAACACUUGAUGAUCCAUCCAUCUAUAGUGGCAAUAGUGAACUUUGUGGAUUUCCCCUCACCAAAAGUUGUUCAAGUAGCCAAGCAUCCGAUGUUCAAUUGUCAACUGAUGAUGAUGAUGAAAAAAUAUGGGUGUAUCUUAGCAUGGGACUAGGAUUUGUGGUGGCAUUUUGGGGGUUCUUUGGUAUUUUAUUCUUUAAGAGAUCCUUGCGGCUUGCCUAUUUCCGAUACAUUGAUGAUAUAUAUGAUAGCUUCUCUAGGAGAUCAAUGAGGAACAUGUAAGGACUGCAACUUUUUUUUUUUUUUGUGAUGUAACGUAAGGAUCGCAGACUUGUUCCUGGUAGAUUGACAUGUUCAUUUCCCAUGAGAAAUUUGGUAUGCUCUACAUGAAUCUUCCAUCCUUAUGUUUCCAAACUAAUAUCAUACAGGAAGAUUAUUGCUGGUUCUGCAGAAAUAAAAUUACUAAAUUAAAACGAGAUGCAAGCUUUACAAAAAUAAGAAACAACUCGGAUGAUGAAGGCGUCCUUGGGGUGAUCUCGUAGUCCCUAUGGGGUGGAGACGAUGGGAUCGGUCCAUGAAUUUUCCUUUUGCCACGUCGCUCAGAGGGUUGAAGGGAGAUAGUGCAUUAAGCUAUUCAUAAAGGCCAACUUGAUCCUCUUCCUCAAGAAUCCCAGAUGAGCAAAACUUAGGAGAGCUGCCGACUCCAAUUAUCAUCUAUGUACGAUCAAUACUAGAUCUCAGCAAUUGCCCAUCCUACCUUCUCUACGUUCUUGACAGCCCAU